AUGAAAGAAUAAAUCAAUUUAUAUUAACCUUAGACUCUUGAUUAUAAUGAUUAAUUAAAUCUUUCAAAGACUAAAGAGACUAUUAAGAAUACUUCAGAGUUAGAUUCAUUUAAAUUUUAAUGUUUGAAGUAUAACUAUGAAUUUAUUUAAUGAAGUGGCUAAUAAAAGUGUGAUACUAUAUUAAAAUAUUAGUUUUUAUUGAAUUAAUAGAAGAAUUUUGUAGAAUAGGACACGAAAACCUUAAAAUUUGCUAUUAUGAUAAUGGAAAACUUUAUACAGCAUAAUGCAAUUGAUUCUAGUGAAGAAUCAAUUAAAAAAUUUAGAAAUAAAAGCUAGAGGGAUAACAAAUAAAUUAUUGGACUAAUUCUUUGUGUUAUGACUCAUUUUGAUUUAUGUGAAAAUCUAGAUUACGAUAGAAGAGAAUAAAAAAAAUCCUUAAAAUAUUUUUUAGAUAAAGACGAAGAACGAGUUGUGUUUAGCAACAAUUAAGAAUAAGCUGGUUAAGAGGUUAAGAGGAAAUUCAUCAGGUAAUCUCAAAAAAUUGUUGAAAAAUACUAAUAUAAUGAACAAUUCACAUUUAAAAAUACGAUAUUUGAGAAGAAUAUUAAAGUUUUUAACAAUCUCUAAAUAAAUUUGAGAUUACUUUGA